CAAGGAUUUUGAUUGGCUCUAGACGUCCCAAGGCGGCAGUUUUGAGUUGUUGACAUUGCACUGGCGACCGAUUCAAAGAUCGUAUAUUGUAGUGCGAGGACAAAUUAUUAAGAGGAUGGACCAAGAGGAAAUUGCUGAACUAGAGGCCAAGCUACACAAAGCAGCAGAGAUAGGAAAAUCAUUGCUGGAAGAAAAUUCUUCAUUAAAAGAUGAAACAGCAAAACUAAUCAAAGAACACUGUAAAAAAGCAGAGGAAUGGGAACAAGAAAAAUACUCUCUGACACUUAAAGUAGAGAGUAAAGUGGAGACUGAGAAAUGGUAUAAUGGAGAGAUUGCUCAAAUGAAGCGUGACAUUGCCUGGAACAAUGAAGAUAUGUCAACAAAGCUGGAAAUGGAAAAAAACAAGUUGCAACAGCAAGUUCGUCUGGUUAAUAAGCUACAGUCCGAGUUGGACCAAUCACGCAGUGUGGAAAGCCAGCUGAGGGAGCAGAUUAGCCAGCUAGAAGCCUUGAUGGAGAAGAAGUUGAACCAGACUGCAGAUAUCACAUCUUGUAGUUUUGAUUCCGAGGAAAUGGCUGACUUACAGAUACAGAUUGUCAAUUUGCAUGAGGAAAAUAAUAAUCUAGAGAAAAAAUACAUAGAGAGAUGUACAGAGUUACAAAACCAGCGCAGUGAACAGGAACUGCUGAGUCAACACCUCGCUAGGAAGGAUGAGGAAAUGGAGGAAAUCAAGUGUCAGGCUACGUCAUACGCCUUAUCUCUGGAGCGAGCCCGGACUGAGAUCACUGAACUAAGGGAGGAGAUCGAUGCACUGAGAGAGUCUGAUGCCAGUCACGGAUUUAAGGGCAAUUCUCUCUUUUCAGAGGUUGAGGACCGUCGUGUUGAUGCAGAGAAGAAACUUAUCUCUCUCAAACACCGAUGUGAAGCACAGGAAUUGAUUACCAAAAAGCAGACAGCAGAAAACCAGAAUCUACGGAGCCAGAUGAUGAUUCUCCUUCACUCAAGUCGAGGGGAAGCAGAUGGCGACCGGAUCAAACAGCUCGAGUCACAGCUCUCACAGGCUCGCGCAAAAAUCACUCGUCUCAACGAAGAAAAGUACACACUGGAGAGCAAAGUGAAAAACCAGACCGAAAACUUCUUUGAUCAAUUUGCGGGCAUGGAAACAAAAGAAACUGGUGACCAGACAGGUGGUGACAAAGCCUUCACAAAUUAUCUCAUCGCCAUGGUAAAAUCAAAGGAUCAAGAAAAUGAAAACUUGCAGAGUGAGCUGCGCGAUGCAGACUUACAACUCCUCGACACGAAGAAUGAGAAAUCAAAGUUGGAAAGAAAGUUAUAUAAUGCUGAAAGUGAAAGAGAAAAAAUUCACAAUAAAUGUCUCCGGAUGCAGCUGAAAUAUGACAACCUUCUACAAAAGUAUGAUCCAGAAUCUGCGAAAAACAAAGGUGCUCAAAAGAAAAGAUAUAUCGUCGAGAAAUUACAAGUUGAUGUACUUCCUGAGCAGACUAUUAAUAUGAGUCGUACCGGGGCCCCUACACGCCAAGUGCCUGAACAGACCACGAAAAGUAAAGAAGACCAAUUACGUCCAACGACAGAUGAAAAUAAACCACCUCCAAACCAUAACCAGUCAGACAAAUCAUUGAAGAAUGAUAUUCCAAAGAAAUGUGAGACAUCCAAAGUGAGAUCUGUGUCUAUAGCUGACAGUGUGAUGGUAGUAGAUUGUGACGGAGGGAAAACGGACAGACAAACUCUCGUCAAACUGUGACCGUGAAAGUAAGACAAAAUUAAUGAAGGAAUCUGCUUCUUCAAAACCAAAAGGACAGAGGAUGACCAAAGUGAUAAAGCCGUGCGAGGAAACGGACAAUACGGAGGCGUGUAAAACGCAGUGACAGAUUCCUUCUAAUUUAUACUAGCCCAGUGGUAUUUUAUCUUUUAAAGUCAGACUAAUACUGUGAUUAGCUAACAAAUAUCUAUUUCCAAGUAAUUCAAUUAAUAAAAUAACUCGAAAAUGA